AGCUUCGUUUUCUGUAUUUCAGGCAACAUUUGAAAAGUGUUUUAGAGUUUUAAAGUUCAUAGUUUUGAAGAUUUGAUGUGUUAGUGUUCUGUUUUAAUUUGCAUGUUUUUUAAUUGUAUGUUCUUUUGGUUUUGUGAGCUGCCCAAGGAACAUUUGUUAUGGGUUGGCUAUAUAAAUAAAGUUCUUAUUCUUCAAUAAUAUUAUUUGAAACCAGAGACUCUGCCCAUAUAAAAGAGACAACCCUAUGUUUGUUACACACCUACCAUUAGCAGUUUUGUUUGUUUAUUUUUAUUUAUUAAUGUAUACCCUGUUGGCUUAUAAUAUGUGUAAAAGGAUAAAAACAUUUUGAAAUGAACAAAUUAAAAGUGGAUAGAAGCAGUCUGGGAAAGAGAACAGAAGAUAAAGACUGUUUUACACAGAUGAAUUAAAAGCCUUCUAGAAUAGGAAGUCCUUCACCAGCUCUGUAAAGGUGGUGAAGUGGGGGGGCUGUCUAAUCUUUUUAGGGAGGGAAUUCUUUAACUGUGGUGUUACCAUGGAGAAGGCCCUGCUUCUGGUACCUGUCAUCUGAAUCCCUCUUAGUGAUGGUCCAGACUCCAGAGAGUAGGACCCUUGUAGCUGACUCAUAUUGGAGAAGAAUAUAGUUUCUUGUGGUUCCUCUUGUCACAUUUUCAGUACACAAACAGAUGUGGAGAAAUUGCUGCCAUCUGGACAAGUCCUUAAAAUGUAUUUUUGAUGGGAGGAUAAAUAUAUAGAUAGAUAGAUAGAUUGAUUGAUUGAUAGUUAAAUUUUUAUACCAUCUUUCAUUUUAAAAAAUCCCAAGGCAGUUUACACAAAAAUUAAAAACAAGACUAUAAAAAUGACACAGUUAAAAUAUUAAGCUAAAAUAUAAAACAAAUCUGACUGAAAAGAUUUAAAAUACAAGCAUAAAAACUGUACAAAAUACAAAGCAGCAGCAGUAGAGACAAUCAUAUAAAAGCCUGGGUAAAAAGCCAAGAUUUAACACGCUUCCUAAAAACUGUGAUGGAGACCAAGGAACGAAUAGCCAAUGGAGAGCAUUCCAGAGUCUGGGGGCAGCAACAAAGAAGGCCCUGUCCUGCGUGCACGACAACUGAGCCUCCCUCAUUGUCGGCACCCGGAGCAGAGCCCCCUCAGAUGACCUCAUCAAAUGGACAGCAACCCUUGGGAGCAGGCGGUUCCUCAGGUAACUGUAGCACCUCCUCGGACGUUUGAUGAAUUUUUACUCUUUCAGAACUUGGAUGAUUGGCCAAAAGUCCCCUACCUGCCAGAAGUAGAUGUUCGUCCUUCGGUUACAAAGUUAACAAAUAAUUAUUCCUUGAACAUUAUUACUCAGUAUCUUUAUGACAAUGCUCCAUUGCCCACUGAAAUUCUCUCCAGUCUUGGGGAGAGAAUAGAUGAAUGCAAAAUGAAAGUCUAUGAACAUGCUAAACAUAUCUUUGCUUUGGAGCGUAGUCAAGAGGAAAUAGAUGAUCACCAAGUUUCUUUCCUAGAGCAAGCAGCGGAUACUUCAGUCUCUGAUUCAAAGGGCACUUUGAUAAGGGAAAAGAAGAAAAAAGUAAAGAUUGCUGUAGAUGCCUUGCAAGACUCAAGCUGUAAAACAGUUGAGAAUUACAAGUUCUCUGGUUUCAAGUUACAGAAAUUAACAGAACUACCAAACCAUCUAGAACCUGCACAACUUUGGGAUUCAGUUCUAAAAGUUCAGACUUUCAGAGGAGCAAAUGUAAAAGUUCUGAAGAAAUUGUUUCUCUCAGAAGCAUCUCUUGCCAUUUUACAGGAUUGCUUUUGGUGGUUGUUCCUUCAGAGGUUCAAGCCUGAUCAAGGAGAACAGGACCGCCUUUUUGACAGAAUAUCAGACAGCUUUGUAGCACUUCUGAUGAGUACUCCUAGUUACAUAAAGGACUAUUUCUUUCAGAUGUAUCCUGACUGCUUGUCUCAAGCCAUCUAUGUUACUUUUUGUGAAGCAUUUCCUGAAUCUAGUAAUUCAUUUGAAGAUGAGUUUAAAGAUGAACUAACGGAUUUAAUUUUUCAGUGGAUAAGAGGUUUCAAACCACAAAAAUUUGCUUGGAAGAAAUGGAAUUUAUGGUGGUUGGAAAACACAGAAUGCAGCAUAAAAAAAGAGUCUUUUCAAAAGAUGCCGCUUAUGACACACCAAAGCCUCAUGCCUGAAAUGAGAUCGAUAAUAAAGUCUUUGAAGUUUCAGCUGGAUGAAGAAGAACAACCAAGGAAAGCAAGAAUAAGACCGAAGAAGGAGUCCCAUUAUGUUGGAGAUGGUCCAGACUUCGAGCGUUCUCUCUUCAACCUUGGUGGUCAAAGUCCGCUGGUCUCAUAUUAUCUUAAGAUGCAUGGAAUUGCUAACACCUUAGCAAACUCUCGGGCUUACAGAAUCACUCACACGGAAAUUUGCAAAAUACCACCAGUAUCUCCAACUUACCAGGAUAUUAUCAAGCAGAGUGAAAAGCACACCCGAAAAUGGCAGCAUGAUCUUCUUGAUCUUGAGCAUAAGCAUGAUGAAGAACUAGCAGAGAUAGAACAGGAGAGAGAGAAAGUGAACAAGAAAUACAAAAGGCUGUUAAAAACAAUCACCAAGCAGCCUACUGAAGCAAGGCUGAAAACAGAGAAGUUCAUCAACCAAACGAAAAUUGCAAGGCCACGCCAAACCGCAUCACUGCAUCAGUGGUGAAUUCAGCAGUUAAAGACCCCAACAUUCACAAAGAUUGGCUGAAACAUUCCUUCCAUUGAGUUAAACCAGAGACAUGCUUGGUAUUAAGUAUGUCUCUAUCUUUCAGGACAAUAAAGCAUUACAGACCAGCUUUUUAUUUCAAAUCAG